CCUUUCCUCCUUUAUCGGCGAGAAUGAAGACCAUUCUCAGUAACCAGUCGGUCGACAUCCCCAGCAAUGUGGAGAUUUCACUGAAGGGGCGGACUGUCAUUGUCAAAGGCCCCAGAGGUACCCUGCGCCGGGAGUUCAACCACAUUAACCUGGAGCUUAGUCUGCUUGGCAAGAAGCAGAAGAAGCUUCGUGUGGACAAAUGGUGGGGAAACAGGAAGGAGCUGGCCACAGUCCGCACCAUCUGCAGCCAUGUCCAGAACAUGAUCAAGGGAGUGACCCUGGGUUUCCGGUACAAGAUGCGCUCGGUCUAUGCCCAUUUCCCCAUUAAUGUGGUGAUGCAGGAGAAUGGAACUCUUGUGGAGAUCAGGAACUUCCUUGGGGAGAAGUACAUCAGGCGAGUGCGCAUGAGGGGAGGAGUGUCUUGCGCCCUCUCUGCUGCCCAGAAAGACGAGCUCAUUCUGGAGGGUAAUGAUAUCGAGCUGGUAUCGAACUCGGCGGCUCUAAUUCAGCAGUCUACUUCAGUCAAGAACAAAGACAUCAGGAAGUUCCUGGACGGAAUUUACGUUUCGGAGAAGGGCACAGUAGUGGAGCCUGAGCAAUAAGCCCUUAGAGCUUCACUGAUCCAGCAGGCGACUACAGUGCGCAGAAAAGACAUCCGGAAGUUUCUGGACGGCAUCUACGUCAGUGAGAAGACCACUGUAGUGGAGGUGCCAGAGGACUAAUCUGUUAUUCGUAAUAAAAAAUAAUUUUCCAGACACCCA